AUGGCUGUGCCGCAGUCACAGCCCUCCUCUUCGCUGCAGCAACAGACGCAGCAUUCUCACCAACAUACGCUGAAUUUACCCACAGGGGAUGCAGAGCUCACCUACCAACGAGUGCGUUCAUGGGGCUUGGACGAUGUACGCGACUGGCUGUGGGCCAACAACCUGGGUCAGCAUGCGGGUCUGUUUCUUUCGAACGACAUCCGUGGUGCGGCGCUCCUGCAGCUGGAUCAUGCUGUCCUUAAAGAAAUGGGCAUCCCUAUUGUCGGCGAUCGUCUCCGUCUUCUCUCUGCCAUCCGUACGCUUCAUAAAAAGUGCGCAGCGAAUGCGACCAUGGCGCCCGCAGCCUCUACGCCCAGCACGCCCUUGCCGCCGCCCGUGCUAGGCUCUGUGCCGAUGCAGUCAAGCCUCUCGUCGCCAACGCAGGCUAUAUACCAUACACCGCCGUCAUCGUCCAUGCAUUUGGCCUCGCCGACCAUACUUUCGCCGCCGGCACGGACCCUGUCCCCCAGCAAUCUCACGUCCCUGGCUCCCCUACGCACGCAACGUACGGCCAGUGUUGACCGAUAUACCUCUGAACUAGAUGCACGCACGGCGACCAUGAACAAUGCCACCGCUCUAUCGCCGCUGGCGCCCGUGUCCCUCCCUUCCGCCGCACCGUCUGUCACGACACCUGUGCGGCGGCCCAAUACGUCUACGGGCGUGAGCCCCGUCUCGCUGAACCGGCCCUCCACGUCGUCCAUGGCCCUCACGAGCGGCACAGCGCCUAUGCGCAACAGUCCUGCGACCUCGCGUCUACGGCGGCCUGCCUCGUCCAACUCCAGCUCCAGCACGAAUCAGGUGGGCUACGCGGUCGGCCGUGGGACGUUUGCGCCAAAGCCACGCGUCGCGCAGAUCAGUGCGCCGUACAACCUGCGCCGAGGCGAGUCGUCAGACUCGGAGGAGCCGCGCCUGGGUGAGCGUCUGACGAGUACGAGUACGAGUCUUAGCGCGUCUUCGACGCAUUCUACGUCGACGGCCACGACGACGACGAGUUCGGGUCACCAAGUGCCCAGUCUGGAGACGAUUCGGAAGCAUAUUGUCAAGUUCCUGGCGGAAGACGGCACCUCUCGCAGCGUAGACGUCAGUCGAUGUCGCCAAGCGAGUGAUGUCCUUGCGAAGGUUCUGCACAAAUUCGGUGCGCUUACCGAGCCUGAUUCGACACAGUACAUGCGCCGCUGGGUCGUGGCUAUGACCGAUGCGGAUGCUCAGCUCAAAGUGCUUUCGGAGAUGGAGCUGAUGACCGUAUGCUCGCAGCCCCAUAUUUACGAUCCGGUAUGGCGGCAUGGACUGUACUUGCUGCGUACCACGGAUGAAGCACCUCUUCGUCCAGGCUCGCAGCGGGAAGCGCCGGUGGAUACGUUCCGAUCCACCGUUCCGAUCACGCGACGUGCUUCGACGUUCAGUAUCCUGAGCGGCCUGGGCGGCGGUGAACUAAGUGUCGCGUCAGCUUCGACGCAAGAGGAAGGCAUUUCGCCUACGCGGUCGACGAUGCGCAUCAAGCCCAAGACACCGACGGAAGGCGCUCUGCCGAACGUCCGUCGCCGCGUACGCAACUUCUUCGGGCAGCGUCCCAGUUCCGAGCUUAUUAGCUCGCACUUGGCGGACUAUUUCCCCUCGACGGACAGCCGCGAGCUCCACCGGUACUCUGGGCUGGCUCAGAGUACAAGCACAGAUCCGCUCCCACCGGCCACGUCGUCGAUACUGGACGUACGCACACCUACCUCGACCAUCCGGCCCUACUCUCUCCACCAGAGCGAUGCCGAUGACAAUGCGAGCUUGCUGACCGUGGACGAAAUCACGCAGGACCUGGAAGAGCGCCAGACGCUGCAUCCUGUGUCGACGCAGCCGUCGUCCGGGCUCCCUGCCUCCGGCAAGAGCGACAGGGAGGCACCUGCUGCGUUGGGCGACACGAAUCGUGCGCCUGCCGUGCCGCCGGUCGUGAUCCCUGCGGGCCCUGCUGCGGCGUCGGGCCCUGCGCCUCUCUCGGUGGCGAGCACCCCUGGCAAAGCGCCGCUGCGCUGGCACAAGGGUGCGUUGAUCGGCGCUGGGUCGUUUGGCAAGGUGUUCCUCGGUAUGAAUGCCAAGACCGGUCUCUUGAUGGCGGUCAAGCAGGUGGAGCUGCCGAAAUGCGACGAUGAAAACACACGUCGACGGCGGCUUAUGGUCGACUCGCUCGAGGCGGAGAUUGCCUUGCUCAAGACGAUCCAGCAUCCGAACAUUGUGCAGUACCUUGAUUCGAAUUCGGAUGGCGACUACCUGAACAUUUUCCUGGAGUACGUCCCGGGUGGCUCUGUCGUGGCGCUCCUGCGCAAUUACGGCGCGUUUGAAGAGCCGUUGGUCCAAAACUUUGUGCGCCAAAUCCUGCAAGGCCUGGCGUUCCUGCAUGCACGUGACAUUGUGCAUCGCGAUAUCAAAGGCGCGAACAUUCUUGUGGACAACAAGGGCGGUGUCAAAAUCAGUGAUUUUGGGAUCAGCAAAAAAGUCGAAAGUGGUCUGCUGGUGCCCGCGUCGGCCAAGCGCCCUGUGCUGCAAGGCAGUGUGUUCUGGAUGGCGCCUGAGGUCGUGAAGCAGUCGAUGUACACGCCCAAGGCCGAUAUCUGGAGCUUGGGGUGUUGUGUCGUGGAGAUGUUUACCGGGACGCAUCCCUGGCCGAACCUGGAUCAGAUGCAGGCGCUCUUCCAGAUCGGCAUGGUCAAAGCGCCGCCGCUGCCGACGGACAUCUCCGCCGAGGCUACGGCGUUCCUGGGCCAGACGUUCGUCCUGCAGCAUGAAGAGCGGCCCGCCGCGGCUGUACUUCUUCAGCAUACCUUCCUUACACAGGGCAGCGAUGAUGCCGCAGCGGACGAUGAAGUCUCGGAUCUAGAGGCGCGGUAG